UGUUGUGAAUUAAACUCUUAAGAUAAAAUGAAUAUUGAGGAUAGGAAUAAAAUUACCCAGCAUUUAGUAGAACUAAUAGAACUAACAAAAUUAGACAUACUGCUACCACGUUUACUGCAAAAAAGAAUUUUUACUGAAAGCAUGAUUGACAGAUUCAAGAAUAAGUUGGUCACAGAAAGAGAUAGAAAAAGAGACUUAUAUUUAGCAGUUCAAAAACGUGGUCCUACUGCAUUUACCUCACUAAUAGAGGCUCUCGAAGAAACUGCUCACUUUAAUUUAGCACGAUUGUUGACUUCAUCUAACGAUGAUAAUAACCAAAACUCUUCAUACAUUCUUAACAAUCAACAAAACAAUUAUGAAAGAAGUUUAUCUCAGACGUCUAAUAGUCCAACUGAGUGCGAACAAAAACGACUGGGGGCUGAAAUAGAUCACAGCAAUUUACUUGAAUUAUUUAAACAAAUGGACUUUAUUGGAGAGGAUUAUAUGAAUCUUAAUAUGCAUGAUAUACAAACCGUUGUAACAAAGUUUUCUUCAAAUACGGAACUAUUACAUAAAACUGACUGUUGCAUAGUUGUUGUAAUGAGCCAUGGAAAUGAUUUUAAAAGAGAUGGAUAUAUUUUCUCAUAUGAUCAUAAUCCAGAUAUUUAUCAUGGAUUACUGACUGUUUUAAUAACCGGCAAUGCCCUUUAUUACGUAAUAUACCUAAAAAUUUAUAUUUCAAUGUUGGGUGAUAUUUCAGAUAAUUCACUUAAUGAUGCACCUACUUCUAAAUUAGCUAAAUCUAUGGUUGAUGGAGGAUCAACUAUGCGUGCUAUGCCCACAUGUAGUGAUAUGUUAAUUUGUCAUUCCACAAUACCAGGGUUUCAGUCCUAUCGGGAGGCAGAAACUGGUACUUGGUACAUUAAUACAAUUUGUAAUAUAUGGGCAGAGAAUGCGUGUGAUACAGAUGUUGAAAGUAUGAUGAAGCAAGUUGCUGUAAAAUUCAGAAACUUUUAA